AGCACUUGGCCAUUUAUGAAUUUAAUAAAAUCCAAAGGCUGUAAUUAAACCUGCAGGAUUCUGUUGCUGGUAUUUGCCAAGCUGUGACCUCUUUUAACCUCAGCAGCUAUAAAUUCAAGGUGAUUCUAAACUGGUGAAGAGUGGAGCUGUACAGGUAACCAGAAGCAUCUGUCUUCCCUGGCUGUAUCCCUAAUCCCAAAACUGGCACAAAGUGUGUCUGGGACACGGAGCUCUGCUGCUCUGUGAUGCCUGGGUGUGCUCAGAUAUUAGAAGCACCAAAGUGUCUUUUUUGGGGUUAAAUGGGAUUCUUGAGCUUUUACUGGUCUUGUGAUUUCUUCUUUGCAUUGCUUUUUUUUUUCUUCUAUUUUUUUUUGAUAGUGUGGGCUGAUAAAUUACUUAACUUUGCCCUCAUUGAGCCUUAUUUCUUCAGAUAUUUUACUUAGAGUGUCUGGUGUUAGCACAUCAAAAAACUAUUUAGAGAGAUGAAUGAGUGUCUCAGUCACCUUGUGCUUGAUCACUAUUGAAUUUUCCUUUCCGUAGGGAGAAAUUUCUGUUGGAAGUAGAAAACACCUCUUUCUAUUGCUUCAUUUACUUCAUAGAAGCACUAACUGACUUCCUGCAAGAAAAUGAAACUAAACACAGAGCUGGUAACUUGUAAAGGGAACUACCAUUUCUUUGUGUUGUCAAAUCCUGAAAUUUUUUACUAAUUGAUGGUAAAAGUGUUUUAUAGAUGGAGCAAUUGGUUAAGAAUAAAAGCAUUAUUUUUUUCUCUAAAAACCCGUGUAAUCCUUAAUUUAGCAUCUCAGGCCUUUUCAGGACCUCAGCUUCAAGUCUUUUUUUGUAAGAAAAUAAAUGAUAAUUAAAAGGAUGUGUCCAUGCUAACUUGCAUGAGCCAUUGAUGUGGAUUAUAUGGAUUGCUGCAGAUAUUUUGACUUCUAAGUCUAUUUUCUUGGGAAAAUGUUGACCCAGAUGAGGAGAACUGGGAUUAAAUAGUUAAUAUUUGUCUACCUUUUGUGUGCAUCUAUUCCUAAUUCACUGGUGUAACAGGUGUUUUCAGUCUGCUUAGUCAUGGACUUCAGGGGGAAAUAUAACAAAUAUUUCAUUCAAGUUUCAGCCAAAUUCUUUGUACCUUGAAGCACUUGUAAGGGAGGCAGAACAUCAGAAAUGAAAUUAAUAUGACAAGGUAGAAUACAGAUGAAAUUUAGAUUUAACUGGUUCUCCUGGGAAUUUUGCAAGAGAAGAAAAAAAGGAUUUGUCUAUUUAGAGUCACUGUGUAUAACCCUGUAUUUCGUUCUGAGAGCAAGAUCUCUGAAGCUUCAGGAGCACUGGAAAUCCAGACAGUUUGGCUUUUGGGAAUUUCAGCAAGGCUGUACAGAAAACAGAGCUUGAGAUAGAGCUCAUUGGCAAUUCAGUCUUAAUAAUAAUGUGACUGGUUGAAGAGACCAUUAGAUUUGGACAUGUCUCAUCUUUUAGAGAACAACCUGGUUUUAAAAUGAGUAUAAAAACUGUUAGCAACCUGCAAGAAAGGAAAUAAAAAUCCACUUUGCUUGUCUUCCCCACCAGCAGGGAGCUGUGAGCCGUGCUCAUGUCAGAGAGAGCUGGGCCAUUCUUCCAUUCGUGGAAGGUCAGGGAACAAAACCAAGAGCCAGUUUGGUCCAACAGAUAAAUUCUAGUGAUGGAAGUUCUGGUUUCAGUCUUAGUACUUCAGGGCCUUUAGGGGUAAAAAAAGGAAAAAUUAAUUUUAAUUUUUUUUCUUAUGCCUACAUGGUUUUUGUUUUAAUUUCAGCCUCUUCCAGGAAAGGGUUUUCUCUGCUGUGUUUAUGAACAAACAGCAGAAGGGCAAGGAAACAGACUGAGAAAAGGGAGGAAACACUUUGUCCAUACAAACUGUAAUAAUAAUAGGUGCGAAAAGAAGUUUAAUGUUAUUUUUACAUAUUUAAACAGUUGGGUUUUGAAAGCGUCGGGGGGCAUUUGGUAGCAGUGCUGCUGGGUACUGCAGUCAGUGCUAGUUCAGUGCUGUGAGUGUGGCUGCUGUUUGUUUGACACAGGACCUCUAACAUUGUGUCCAGGUUGUGUAAAAAUGGAUAAUAUUGUACCAGCAGCUCGAGUCUCUUAAACCAAAGCCCAGGAGGGCAGGCAGGAGCUCGGCAGGUUUUCCCUGGCUCACAGCUGUACCCCAGCUCUCCUCCAAGGCAGCCUUUGAUUAUUUUGGUCAGCAGCUCACAGCCAAAGCGUGCCCUUACUUUAGUUUUGUUUUCAAAGUGCAGUAACAGGGCAGUUCAGGUUGGUCAUGUACCUGCAAUGCUCUUAAAUUCACAUCUCCAAACCUUGCUGGAGGGCGGAUUGGUUCUGUCUGGGCUGUGUGAUUUUUAGUGCCAUGUGCCUGGCUGUGCUCACAGUUCCCUGCACCUUUCAAGUGCUUUUUGCAAACUUGAUUUGUGUUUCAGGUUGUGGGAAUAUUGGUGUGUCCCUGGCUGGGGGGUUACAGUGCUGUCCUUGUUUGCUCGCUGGGCGUUCCUUGGGGACAGCUGGGGGACACAGAGGAUCACAUUUCAAUGGGAUGGCAGGACAGCAAGUGUUUCCUGAGGCCCCAGCAAUGAGCAGACUUGAGUAGCAUUCACCAUGGAGGCACAGUCGGUGGCCAUCGGCGUGGAGGGGAUGACCUGCAGCUCCUGUGCCCAGAGCAUUGAGCAGCACCUUGGCAAGAUGAAUGGGAUCCACAACAUUAAAGUCUCUCUGGAGGACAAGAACGCCGUCGUCAUCUACGACUCCAAGCUGCAAACCCCAGUGACUCUGCAGGAAGCCAUCUGUGACAUGGGAUUUGAUGCUAGCCUGGCUGAUUCCAGCCCACAACCUGUUCUACCUGACACAGUUUUCCUCACCCUGCCUGCCCAGUCAGCCCUAACGCCCAGGCAGAUCUGUGCCACGCUGCUGAGCCACAAAGGGAUCGUGGAUGUGAAAGUGUCCUCUGAUCAAAGAACUGCCGUGGUGGCUUUCAUCCCUUCCAUCACCAACGGCAGGAACAUUACCCAGAUGGUCCCGGGAGCAGAUCUGAGCAUCUCUGUGCCAGAGGUAACACCUGGAACGUGGGAAGAUUCCAGCUGGUCCCAGGCGAGCAGCGCUGUGCUGCGCCUGAAAGUCGAUGGCAUGACCUGUCACUCCUGCACCAGCACCAUCGAGGGCAAGCUUGGCAAACUGCAGGGAGUCCAGAGGAUUAGAGUGUCUCUGGACAAUAAGGAAGCUGUUGUUGUCUACCAGCCUCCUCUAAUCACAGCAGAAGAAAUAAAGCAGCAAAUUGAAGCGGCGGGUUUCACAGCAGCCUUCAAAAAGCAGCCUAGACCCCUGAAGCUCAGUGGGAUUGACCUGGAGAGGCUGAGGAAUGCUCAGCCCAAGAGCUCUGAGGCAUCACACAGAGAAAACUCCAGUGGAACUGGCACACAAACAGUUGUGUUCAGAGUCGAGGGGAUGCACUGCAAUUCCUGUGUCCUCAACAUCCAGAGCACCGUGUCGGCGCUGCCGGCGGUGACGAGCGUCGUGGUUUCUUUAGAGAACAAAUCUGCUGUUAUAAACUACAACCCAAGCUUAAUUAGCACAGAGAAGCUGAGGAAAGCUGUGGAGAACGUGUCUCCAGAGAGGUUCAGAGUCAGCCUUCCUGAGGAGCAUGAGAACCUGGCACUGUUCCCCACGCUGGCAUCUCCUCUGAAGUCUCACCCUGCUCCCCAGGAUCCCAGCCAGCCCCUCACUCAAGCUGUUGUGAUCAAUAUCGAGGGCAUGACUUGCAGCUCCUGUGUGCAGUCCAUCGAGGGAGUGCUGUCCCAGAAGACAGGUGUGAAAUCUGUUCACGUCUCUCUCCCAAAUGGAACUGGAACUAUAGAAUAUGACCCACUGCAAACAAGCCCAGAAGACUUGAGGUCCUCAAUAGAGGAUAUGGGAUUUGACGCAUCCUUUCCAGCAAAGGCAGAGCUCCCUGUGGCCAAAGCUCAGCCCUGCCCUGAAGCACAGCUGGACUCUCACAAGCCUGAGCCACCCUCCAAAGCGCCACCAGCCCACCCUGGCAGGCAGGAGAGCAAGACCAUCUCCAAGUGCUACGUGCAGGUCACAGGCAUGACGUGUGCCUCGUGCGUGGCCAACAUCGAGAGGAAUCUCAGAAGGGAGGAUGGAAUCCACUCGAUCCUUGUUGCCCUGAUGGCAGGGAAGGCAGAGGUGAGGUACAACCCUGCUGUCAUUCACCCUGCAGCCAUUGCAGAGCUCAUUCGGGAGCUGGGCUUCGGAGCCACCGUGCUGGAAAACUGUGGGGAAGGAGAUGGCAUUCUGGAGCUUGUUGUGAGAGGGAUGACCUGUGCCUCCUGUGUGCACAAGAUAGAAUCCACCCUCAUGAAGACCAAUGGUGUCUUGUACUGCUCCGUGGCUCUUGCCACCAACAAAGCCCACAUCAAAUAUGACCCUGAGGCCAUUGGUCCUCGAGAUGUCAUACAAGUGAUAAAGGAUUUAGGUUUUACUACUUCCUUAGUCAAAAAGGAUAGAUCUGCCAGUCAUCUGGAUCACAAACAGGAAAUCAGGCAGUGGAAAAGGUCUUUUGUGGUGAGCCUGGUGUUCUGCAUCCCUGUGAUGGGGCUGAUGAUUUACAUGAUGGUGAUGGACAGCCAGCUCUCGCAUGCCCACACACAUCACAACAUGAGCAGUGAGGAGAUGGAGGCCCUCCACUCCUCCAUGGUCCUGGAGUACCAGCUCCUGCCAGGAUUGUCUGUCAUGAAUUUCCUGUCAUUUUUACUCUGUGUCCCUGUACAGGUGUUCGGGGGGUGGCACUUCUACAUCCAGGCCUCCCGGGCGCUGAGGCACAACACGGCCAACAUGGACGUGCUCGUGGUGCUGGCAACAUCCAUUGCCUUCCUCUACUCCUUCAUCAUCCUCCUGGUGGCAAUGGCUGAGAGGGCCAAAGUGAACCCUGUGACCUUCUUCGACACGCCCCCGAUGCUGUUCGUGUUCAUCUCGCUGGGCCGCUGGCUGGAGCACGUGGCAAAGGGUAAAACCUCAGAAGCACUGGCAAGACUAAUUUCAUUACAAGCUACUGAAGCUACUAUUGUUACCUUGGGCCCUGAUAACGUUCUUUUAAGCGAGGAGCAAGUGGAUGUGGAACUGGUUCAGCGAGGGGACAUUGUCAAAGUGGUCCCAGGAGGCAAAUUCCCAGUGGAUGGCCGUGUCAUUGAAGGACACUCCAUGGUGGACGAGUCUCUCAUCACAGGUGAGGCCAUGCCCGUGACCAAGAAGCCUGGCAAUACAGUUAUUGCAGGCUCCAUCAAUCAGAACGGGUCCCUUCUCAUCUCGGCCACCCACGUGGGAGCUGACACCACUCUGUCCCAGAUUGUUAAACUCGUGGAGGAGGCCCAGACCUCUAAGGCUCCCAUCCAGCAAUUUGCAGACAAACUUAGUGGCUACUUUGUUCCUUUUAUUGUGGCUGUCUCUGUGGUUACCCUUUUUGCCUGGAUUAUAAUUGGGUUUGUGGAUUUUGAAAUAGUGGAAAAAUACUUUCUGGGCUACAACAAGAGCAUUUCAGCAGCAGAGGUGAUCAUCCGCUUCGCCUUCCAGGCCUCCAUCACGGUGCUGUGCAUCGCCUGUCCCUGCUCCCUGGGCCUGGCCACCCCCACCGCCGUCAUGGUGGGCACCGGCGUGGGGGCCCAGAACGGCAUCCUCAUCAAGGGCGGGGAGCCCCUGGAGAUGGCACACAAGGUGAAGGUGGUUGUGUUUGACAAAACAGGGACCAUCACCCACGGCACUCCAGAGGUGAUGCAGGUGAAGUUCCUGGUGGAGGGGAACCUCCUCCCUCGUCACAAAAUGCUGGCCAUCGUGGGGACAGCAGAGAGCAGCAGCGAGCACCCCCUGGGAGCAGCAAUCACCAAGUACUGCAAGAAGGAGCUGAACUCAGAAACCCUUGGGACAUGUACAGAUUUUCAGGUAGUUCCUGGCUGUGGCAUUAGUUGCAAAGUCACCAAUAUUGAAGCAUUACUCUACAGGAAAAACAGAAUGGUUGAAGAAAACAAUGUGAAAAAUGUGACACUGGUGAAAAUUGAGGAGAAUGCAGACGAAUCAGCGCAGCCUGCUUUGAUCAUUGAUACUGAACUGCCAACUACUGUGACCUCUCAGAAAUACUCAGUUCUCAUUGGGAACAGGGAAUGGAUGACCAGGAAUGGCCUCACGGUGAGAAAUGAGGUGGACAAAGCCAUGAUGGAACACGAGCGGAGAGGCCGCACGGCUGUCCUGGCAGCUGUGGAUGGAGUGCUCUGUGGCUUGAUAGCUAUUGCAGAUACUGUGAAGCCAGAGGCUGAGCUGGCAGUGUACACUUUGAAGAGCAUGGGGUUAGAAGUUGUCCUCAUGACCGGUGACAACAGCAAAACAGCCCGGUCCAUCGCCUCGCAGGUUGGCAUCACCAAAGUGUUUGCAGAGGUCCUCCCCUCACACAAAGUGGCCAAAGUGAAGCAGCUGCAGGACGAAGGGAAGCGGGUGGCCAUGGUUGGAGAUGGGAUCAAUGAUUCCCCAGCCCUGGCCAUGGCCAGCGUGGGGAUUGCCAUUGGCACGGGCACGGAUGUGGCCAUCGAGGCGGCUGAUGUGGUUCUCAUCAGGGAUGACCUGAUGGAUGUGGUAGCAAGCAUAGAUUUGUCCAGGAAAACUGUGAAGAGGAUCCGGAUCAACUUUGUCUUUGCUCUAAUUUAUAAUCUCAUUGGAGUUCCCAUAGCUGCAGGUGUCUUCCUGCCCAUUGGUUUGGUUCUGCAGCCCUGGAUGGGAUCUGCAGCCAUGGCUGCCUCCUCAGUCUCUGUUGUGCUUUCUUCUUUGCUCUUAAAGAUGUACCAGAAACCGAGUUCUGAGAAGCUGGAGUUCCGAGCCCGUGGCCAGCUGAGGCACAAGAGCCCGUCAGAGAUCAGUGUCCACGUGGGGAUCGAUGAGAGCGGGGCUGGCUCCCCCAAGCUGAGCCUGAUGGAUCGACUCAUCACCUACAGCAGGGCCUCCAUCAACUCCCUGCUCUCAGACAAGCGCUCCGUGAACAGCAUCGUCCUCGGCGAGCCAGACAAACACUCCCUGCUGGUGGGGGACUUUGGGGAAGAUGAUGACACAGCCUUAUGAAAGACUCGCUCCUCCCACCCCACUGAGGCAAAACAAAAAUACCCUGAAGCAAAAAACACAACCAAAACAGCUCUCGUGAGGUCUGUGCAUGUCUGAUCCUUGUGGAGGUCUUCUGGAUGCAUUUCUUCUUCAGUGUAGAGGUAGUUUUUGCAAUGACUUUCCAGGAUCUUUUGUGGUUUUCAAUCUAGACUUACCAAAAAUAUCUGGUGUGGGGCUGUUGAUGCUCACAGACAGGGCUGUGUUCCCAUUCCAUGGAGCUUGCAGUAUAGCAUUUAUUCUGGAAAAUUGUCAAAAUACAGUCAAGGAAACUAAGGAAGCAGAAACUGAUUUCCCAGCCUUAUGCCAGACUAUUUUAUGCAUAGUGGAGUUCAGUGCUGUGUUAAAUUGUGAAUUUGCAUCUGCAAAAUCCUGAAGGUUCUGUUUGCAGAGAGAUGUGCCUUACUUCAGAACCCUCUCACUCCCACAGCCUGCCUUCUGCCAGAAAUGGGUCCUCUCAAAUGUCUCUUCUUGCUGUCAACAUCUGGUUCCAGCUUUUCACACUCCAGGCUUCAAAUCAUCUCCAUGGGAUCCAGAUUCCUGCGUGGCAGCAAACAGGGAGGUUUGGGGCCAUACCCACACUGAGCUCUGCACACCCUGCCCUGAGACUGUCUGCCUUCAUGAAGGUUUGGGAGUUGGGAGCUUUGCUCGUUCCCAACCUCUCCUAAGCCAAAAACUCCUGCAACACCUGAAUGCAAUAUCAGUGUGAGCUGGUUUUAGCCAAAGUGUUCAGCUUUAGGAAGGAGCAGUGCUCACCACCAGGAUCUACUGGCACUACUCCAGUGAACCAGGGGAGUUUGUCACAGACUGCCUUUAAAGUCUUUACAGUUCAGGCUUUGCUUGUGAAGUGUCUGUAUUCUAGGAAUGGCCCAGCAUCACUGCUUUGGUUGAUCCAAACCCCCUCUGCCUGUUCUGUGCAGAUCCAGGUAUCAGGAAUUCAGACAGUUGUCAUUUGUUGCUGAACUGCAAUAUCAAAAUGCAGCUCUUGAUCAUGAAAUCAUUGAUAUCAAAAAUAUCCUCAGUGAGAAAGAGAUGCUCAUCAGCAGUAGCUGGUUACCUGUUUGUUACUCACUGAACCUUGCUGUCCCCAUCCCCUGCUGAGGCAGUCAUUGGCAGCAAUGGCUGGGUUCAGUAAUGUUGAAUUUCAUCAUGAAGUGCAGUCCAUCAUGUCAAUGUGUACCAGUUGUGCUUGUAGGGGAGAAAUACUCAGUUUGGUGAAGACAAAGAAAUUCUCUUCAAUGUUCUGCUUUUUAAUGAAAGUCUGAUGUCAGGGCAUAGAUUGUGUAUGUAAAAAGUCCUGAGUAAACAGCUCUUGCUUUUUAUCUGAGAACCACCAGAAAAAUCUCGUUGUGUGAGAGCAGAAGAGCUGUGCUGGGGGAUGUGUUGUUAGGAAAUCAGGGUACCUGUGUUGCAGUGAGAGGAGCAGUAUCAUGUGCUGCUGGUUCAAGAAACAAAAUAUUUCUGUAGCAGGAUUUGGGUUCUUAAUAUCUCUUUGUGAGUAUAGAGUAUUUUUAUAAAUUAGAUUACACCUGUAUGUAAUAUGUGGUGUUGUUACAUGCUGAGAUCUAUCACUGCACAGCCAUCCCAUGAGGUUUUGUUCUCAGUUUGCAGCAGCAGAGCUGUUCUUACAAAGCAGAUUGUUACCCAAAGCUGUUUUUGAGGAUGGGUUUUAGUGCUUCACAAUCAUGCGAAGAUUUCAGUUGUCUUGUUUAUCCACCCUCCUUCUCGGUGUUCCUGGCACGGUUGUGCAGGUGCAAGGGAGGUAUUUACAGAUUUCUGUCUGUGCUGUGGGUGGUCUCAGCCACUCCUUCAGAUUGGAGUUUCAGUGCUGGCUGGGGAGUGGAUGGCUUGGAAAUGCCACAUCACCCUCCCACUGCAGGAAACGGGGAGGUAAUUCAGGGUUGAAUUCCUGGUUAGUAAAUAAAGCAGCAUUAAGAACUUGUUAAACAAUUUUCAGAUAUAUUUUUAGAGUACUUUGUCUCAACCUUUCGUUGUCCAAAUGCUGUGUAGGUUGAAUGUUUACAGCUUUACCUCCAACUUUUUCCCAACACAGGUGUUUUUUCUAGGCUUUAUCAUUUUCUGUGAAACUCAGUGUUUGAUCCAGGCUCAGCAAAAUAAGGCUCUUUUUCCAAAGCAGGACACUUAAAGAGGUGCAGGAUGAUUAUCAGGGAAUAAGGAACAGCAGCUGCUGGCUGGGAGGGAUGUGAGAGCAGCUUGUAGGGACAGCCAGAGGAUCAGGCUCUGGGGAGAGCAAAUAACUGAGCCCGGGGGGGUGGGGGCAAGGUGGUUGUGAUAAACUCAGAUUUUUUGAAAGCAGAUUCUCUGUCCAGCACUUCCCAAGGAUGAGGUAAUGACUUCUAGGAUGUUUAUUUUGAGAUUAAAACAUUACAAAAGGUGCUUUACGUUGAAGAACCAAAAUCCCUUUCUGUUUGAAUGUACAGUGCAAGUGGAAUCAUGUGUGGGAGCUCAGUGUUUUCCCAAAUGUGUUUUAAUAUGUAAAUAAGUUGCUUCUGUUGGGGACAGUUUGGAUUCAGAAAUUUAAACUAUCACUUGGAAACACUCAGUUACAAACAAUAUUGUAUUACUCCUUUGUCUAUUUUAUUGUUUUCUUUGUCUAGCUAUUUAUAAACCUGUGCUCUAUUUAAUAAAAAAGUACAUAUGCUCCAAGCUUUAAAAGUUACUCUUUAAAUCUUACCAAACUUACUUUUAAAAGACUUUAAAACACUUGAAAUUUUAUACAAAAAAAAAAAAAAAAGAAAAGAAUGUGAAGUUGCCAGAACACAAUGGAAGCAAGAACACACUUUUAUUUAUUAAAAACUGUGCUUAUUGUUUUGCUUAGAACUUCCAACAAAAUGUUUUAAACUGGAAAACUUUUGUUAUUCAGUUUUAGGGAUGAAGAAUGGAGAAGUGAAUGCUGGUUGGAAUGUUAAUGUAGGGCUGUUACAGUUCUUUGCAUCUCAGAACAUGUUGUCUCACGUUUCCUAUUCUUUUAAGACUGUGCCUCCAUCAUUCUAAUGGCAAUUAUAAGCUCUGUAAUAAAAAUGUAGCAUCCAAA